AUGAACUCCUUCAGAUACCUGCGGCCCAUUGCCUCGCGAUUGCAGGCCCCGACGUUGCCCAGACUGGCUCGCGGAUAUGCCAGCACUUCGUACGAAUACAUUCAAGUUUCUCAGCCGAGACCCGGUGUCGGACAAGUGACGUUGAACCGCCCGAAGGCUCUCAACGCUCUCUGCACUCCUCUCAUUCAUGAACUCAACGAUGCAUUGAGGGCGUUCAACGACUCGGAUGACACAUCCGUCAUCGUGCUCACGGGCUCCCAGAAGGCCUUUGCUGCUGGUGCUGACAUCAAGGAAAUGGCUCCGCUGACCUUCUCCGAGGCAUACACCAAGUCUUUUAUCGAGUCUUGGUCACUCCUCACGACUCAGAUCAAGAAGCCCAUAAUCGCUGCUGUUUCGGGUCACGCGCUCGGAGGAGGCUGUGAGCUGUCGAUGAUGUGCGACAUCUUGUACUGCACCGAGAAUGCCAACUUUGGCCAGCCAGAGAUCAAGCUCGGCACCAUUCCCGGCGCUGGAGGCAGUCAGCGACUGACCCGUGCCAUUGGCAAGUCCAAGGCCAUGGAGCUGAUUUUGACCGGCAAGUCGUUCAGCGGUACUGAUGCCGCCCAGUGGGGACUUGCGGCGAGGGCAUUCCCCUCUUACGAGGUCCUCAUGGAGGAGACGCUCAAGACGGCCGAGACAAUUGCCGGCUACUCUCGCGUCUCCAUCAACGCUUGCAAAGAAGUUGUGAACAAGAGCCAGGACCUGCCGUUGAGAGACGGUGUCGAAUUCGAGAGGCGGGUGUUCCACAGCUUGUUCGGAAGCAACGAUCAGAAGAUUGGCAUGAAGGCCUUCGCGGAGAAGAAGAAGGCGGAGUGGACUCACUCUUAA